UUUUCUAUGUUUUCGACUUGUCAUUGCCCUGACAGAUCAGCCAUCACAUCAGGCUUUGUGUAAUAAGUUCUGGUAGUAAAGUAAUAAAUGUAAUUGUGACGUUCCAAAUAUCCACCACAUUUACGGCCCUUUAUGAUUUACCGCGAAGGAUCUAUUUGCUGAAAAUAACUAAACGGUAAAAACUUACAGUAAGCUGCACAAUGGAUUAUCCCAACGAAAAUGGAGGCUUAGGCCUUACUAGCGACCAGACAGAGAAAGUGCUGCAAUUCCAAGACCUGACAGGCAUUGAAGACAUUACAAUAUGCCGGGACGUUUUGCAAAGACACCAGUGGAACUUGGAAGUGGCAGUCCAAGAGCAGCUGAAUAUUCGCGAAGGGAGGCCCUCGGUCUACGCCACUGAAUCCAGGCCUCCUGCAGUGGUCAAUGAUCUCUUGGGGCAGCUAAUAUAUUUCGCCCCACCUACGGACGGGUCAGGCUCGGGAUUUAAGAGAUAUUUUAGGGCGAUUGUCGGGUUCAUGUGGAACGUUUGCUACAGCACUCUUAUUACGGUGUUACAGCUAACAAGGCGAUUGCUAGGCUUGGAAUACAGACCUAGAACGGAUCCACUGCAGGAAGUCAUGCAGUUUAUCCAGACAUAUGAGGAGAAAUAUGGCUGUGAACAUCCAGUGUUUUAUCAAGGGACUUUUGCACAGGUGUUAAAUGAUGCAAAAAGAGAGCUGCGAUUUCUGGCAGUUUAUCUACACGAUCCAGACGCAGUGGACGCAGACCCAUUUUGUCGUCGCACAUUAUCAAAUCCUGAAGUUGUCCGAUAUAUUAACAGCAAUUUCCUGUUUUGGGCGUGCUCGGCCACUUCGGAAGAAGGCAAGCGUUCAAUGACUGCAGUUAGGUGUGGAUAUUUUCCCUUCAUGGCACUACUGGUGCUCAAAGAGAACAGGAUGACCAUAGUUGGCAGAUUGGAAGGUCAUUCAGAGCCUGAUCUUUUGCUGCAAAGGAUGAGGACCAUCGUGAACGAAUUUGAGGUGAAUCUGGUCCAAGCAAGAGCCGACCGAUUUGAGCAGAGCAUAAACAGGACAUUGCGCCAGCACCAAGACGCAGCCUUUUUGGAAAGCCUAAAAGCGGACCAGCUGAAGGAGCAGCGAAAGGAAGAACGCAAAAGGGCCGAAGAAGAGGCAAAACGGCAAAUCGAGCAGGCAGCUAGAGAGGAAGAGGAACGAAAACAUGCCUUGCAGAAGGAAAAAAUUGAUUCAGUCGACAAGGUGCCUUCAGAACCGGACUUAUCACACCCUGAUGCGGUUCAUGUGGUGUUCAAGCUGCCCUCAGGGAUGCGUCUAGAGAGAAGAUUUCUGAAAUCGCACUCGCUAGAGCACGUCUUCUACUUCGUCUUCUGUCACCCUCAUUCUCCCGAUUCGUUUGAAAUAACCACGAACUUCCCUAAGCGGGUGCUAAACUGCCGACCAGCGCAACAAUUGGGGAAAGUCCAAACUCUCGAAGAAGCCGGCCUUAAAAACCGAGAAGUGCUUUUCAUCAACGACUUGGAUGCAUAAGAACCGCAAAAAAUACCCAAAUUCCCUGUAUUAUACAGAGCAAGUGGUUUUAAAGAAGUGAAAGUGAAAUUCUUGUGAGAAACUGGCAACUGACUAAAGCACACGAUACAUUCCCCUUUUUCGAAUAUACUGUGCCCGCCCAUCUGGAGAAGUCUGCUAAUAACAACCAUCAAAGCGGUCAUUGCUAAAGUAUCAGACUGGAUGAUGUCUUUGAUUGUAUUCCUUGUACCAAUGUGAUACCACUGCACCUUAGUUUGGUCAUUUGUGACUUCAGUGCGACUCUUGAUGGACAUAUUCGCGUUCUGUCAGGUAAAGUAUUUAAGCCUAAGUUUUUGAUUUUUUAUAUGGGAAACCCUUGUAAGAUUCCUAUUAUUGUUGUGGUCAGUAGACUCACUUCCUCAGUGCGGAUGGUGAUUGAUACUUGCAUCGCAAACUUAGUAGUUUUUGGCAAGAGGUCACUUACCGAAGAUGUUAAGCGUUGUGAUUUUUCAGUUAAACUGGGUGUAUGUGCAUUGACAAUAACAUGUUUUCACUGUUCUACACCUGGUAUUCGGUUAAUUGUUAAUAUAGUUUAAAGAAGCAUUUACGUAAUUUGUAAUUUUUAUAGCUUGCUUUGUCUGGUUGGCCCUCGCUAGGGCCAAAGAAUGAAAUAUUUUUAAUACCAAAAGCUUAGUUUGUAUAUAAUGUAAAGGAAGUACAUUCUGCCUUCGGUUUAUCCUCACUACCAACCACUGGGUAGACGAAGGUCCGAAAGUGUUUAGGAAUGAGUUGGACAAAUCCUAAACUUUCCAGGAAUAAAUAUUCAACAUCCACAAGUUAAA